UUAAAACCAUAAAGCGAGCUAGAAAAAAACAAAGAAAGAUAAACAACGUAAAUUCACGAAAUUUUAUAAAAAAAAAAACAAAUUUCCCGAACAAAUAGCAAUGGAAGCGACCAAAACGGCUGCGGAAAAGCUGGCUGAGCGCAAGGCGCGUCUUCUGGAGCUGCACAAGAAGCGGCAGGAGGCCCGGACGGACAACCAUCAGGAAGUAGUCGCGGAGGACGCCCGCAAGAAGCUGCCAAAGAACUGGGAGGCACGAAAGCGCCAGGCGGAGUGGAUCCUGGCGGACGACAAAGCGCGCUCGGAUGCGCAGGCGGCUGGCAAGGACUACGAACGGCUCAAGCUCCUCGAGGUCUCAGCGGUGGAUGCGGAACGCAUUGAGAAGAAGAAGAAGCGUAAGGACAACCCGGACCUUGGUUUCUCCACCUAUGAAGCACAGACGGCCAGACAGUACAACAGAUUGGUCAAGAGCAUGCCCGCCCGCGACAUGGCCAAAUACGAGAGGCAGAAGGAGGAGCUCGGCGAUGCCUUCUAUGGCGGUGCCCACACCACAUUGCAUUCGAGGACGAAGGACACGCCUGGUGCCAUCAACAACAUGGUGCAGGACCUGGAGCAACAGAUCGAGCGCCGCAAGAAGUACUCCCGCAGGCGAAUUUACAACGACGACGCGGACGUGGACUUCAUCAACGAGCGCAACUCCAAGUUCAACAAGAAGCUGGACCGAUUCUACAGCGAGCACACAGCGGAAAUCAAACAGAAUUUGGAGCGCGGAACAGCUAUCUAAGUUUAAUCUUUCGUUUAGUAAUUUUAAGGUCAAAAUUCGAAGAGUACCUAAUCUACUUUGUGUACAUUUACUUUUGGUAUACAUAUGUAUGUGAAGCCAGUAA